AUGGCGGGAGCAAAUCUGAUUGGCAUAAAAGACAUUUUUGGAAAUGAAGCUCUCGAACGAGUUAAAACAUGCGAAUUUCACUAUAAGCAAAACGUGAAUAGAAGGGCAAGACUUAUUGACGCGGAAAGUGCUGAAGAAUUUAAGAAGUGUGAGGCGAUGCUACAAGCUCAGACUGAAGAUGGGUUUCCGCUACCAGGAAAGAACUCGAUGACUUUAUUGAAGCCAACUCGACAGAGCGGCAGUGCUUGGUAUCCUGGUUGA